CUUUUCACAAUUCCGUACACAACGUCCCUGGAUGUUUUGACCAAAUGUACUUGCUUUAUUCGCGAUUAAUGUGUUCUUACUUGAUUUUACAGAGAAUGUAACUUGUAAUUGUUGCAAUAAUUCGACAUUGCAGCCAUGUUGCUUCCGUCUGACAUAGCGCGGCUCGUUUUAGGAUACUUACAAUAUGAGGGACUGUGUUCUACAAGCCAGGCAUUCAUUCGUGAAAGCCCCAAUUUGAAGGAGUACGCAGAACACAGCUCAGAUGAUGGAACUAUUCCUGCUUGUAUGUUUUCCCUUUUUGGAAAAAACCUGACAACUCUUUUGAAUGAGUAUGUUGCUGUCAAAUCUAAAGAGAUGAGUGAAGAGACUCAGAUACCCGUCAUGAUGACAUCAUUGUGGAAAAAGCUUGAUUUCACACUCAAUCAAAUCAAGUCUAUGCAGAACUCCCCAGCUGUUAGCCAGAAUCAAAGAUUACGCACACGUAAUGGAAUCGUGAACAUGAGGGGGCGACCGAGAGCCUUGUCAUCAACGCUGUCCCCCAGCUCUGGGUUUCUGUCAUCGUCAGCCCCGCCGUUGGCCCAGGGCAUCGCCACCCCCCUCGACACCCCUCAGAGCAUCCUGGGACACUCCACCCCAGUCUGCUACAGCUCCCAGCAGACCAGAUCCUCCCCCAUCUGCAGCACACAGCCCCAGAUCCAAGAUGGAGGACGUCUGCUCAUCAAUGUGAACCGAGAGUCACCUUUGCAAAUAACGGUUCCAGACAACCGGUUAACCCCAGGACCAUUAUCCCCAGGGCGUAGGAAAUGUGACUCCCCCAGGAGGAGAGGUGGGGGAUCUGGUGGGACUGGAAGAGCCAACAUGGCAGCCAGUAGCCUGAGAGCAGAGCCCCAGAGUGAAGAGGCAGUCACAGAGAAUUUCCCUCAAAUGGUGAUACAAAAUGCAAGAGAGAGGAUUCUAAAUGACAAGUCCUUACAAGAGAAGCUUGCUGAAAACAUAAACAAAAUCCUAGCAAGUGAUGUCAGUCCCCAGGCAUCAUGCAGCACCAUGGAGCCUGACCAGUCCAUAGAUGAAAUUCUGGGCCUGCAGGGGGAGAUUCAUAUGUCUAAUGAUGUUAUACAAGACAUCUUGGAGCAGACAGAGUCCGACCCAGCCUUCCAGGCUCUCUUUGACCUCUUUGAUUACGGCAAAAGCAAAACCAGUGAGGAUACUGAACAAGGAGCUGGGAUCAUGAGCAAUACCACAACAGAGAAUGGUGAGACUGAGACUAGAUGUAUUGACGUCUCUCCUGAGACUGGAGACCCAGGCACUGGGCCUGAAAAUUCAACACUUGGACAAGAAACAACAACUAGAGCAACAAAGUCCAGUCAAGAGCCCAAUAGUAAGAAAACAAGGAAAUCUGCACCUCCUGUUUCAAGCACUUCAAAGGCAACUCCUGGACCCAGUACCAGAGGGUUGAGAAAGGGAGCUAGUGCAACUCGACCCUCAGCACGUAUUGAUAAACUUACUGGCGCUUCUUCUUCUGCCGCAAAGGACUCUGAUAUGGUUGACUCCGGCUCCAUCUUUGAUCAGGAUGUAUCAGGUGUGGAUAUAGAUGAACCUCCUCCUCUUGACAAUAUAGCUCCCCCAGAUGUCUUUGAGCCAGUCAGACAGGAGAGUGGAACAAAUCGUCCGGCAUCAGCAUGCAACACAGCUUCAUCUGAAACCAGGACGGUCUCUGCUGUGAAAAAAAAUGUAUUAGGCAGUGAGAACACAGUGGGGGCUGAUGGUGGACAAGUGAUGGAUAACCAAGCUUCACUUCUUAACUCUUCACCUGCCCUGUCCAAUUCCAUGCCAGUGCUUGAUCAGUCAAACAAUGCUCCCAUACAGGCCUCUAACCUGCCUCAUAUGAAUUUGACCCCUCCCAGCACUGUAGGAAUUUCACAACCUCUACCACAGACCAUACACUCUAUGGCUGUCCCCUCAACAGUUACAACAACAACAACCUUCAUCCCAAACCCCAAUCCUACAGGCAAGGAAGUGGACUCCAGUAAGAUUGUGGCCCUGAAGAUCAUAAUCAGCGAUGAGCAUGAGGAGCCCUCCAGUGACUCAGCCCUGAACCAGGCUGUGUCCAGCAUCACUGGGGAUAGGAUCCCCACCAUCUUCCUCUCCUCCCCCGCCAAGUCACCUGCCAAGGCCCCAGCCCUCAGUGGCGCACCCAUGGCUCAGGAGGAGACGGUGCAGGCGGUUAGCAGCUUACAGAGGACAGAAGUCCUCCAGCCAGCAGAGACCAAUCCUCUUAGUGGGAAAGCAGGGGAUGUGGCAGCAUUGGCAGGGACGUCAUCUGCGUUGACACAGCCUGGCUACUACAUUCAGCUGCCCUUUGAUUCAGCCACAUCCACCAACAGCUACAUCUUAGUGACAGACACAACAGCCACAUACCCCCAGUCCAACAUGGUGAUGUUACCCAGUGGCGCCCAACAGGUACAGACUGUACCCCCCACCUCAUAUGCUCUGGCCACUCCACCCCGCUAUUCCCCUGGAUCUAGACUCGUCAUAUCUUCACCAGUUCAGCCCAUGCUGCAAAGCAUGGUGGUUCCUGUAUCUGUUGUUGGGCAGAACAAUGCAGGACAGUUUUCAAUAGUUCCCAAUCAGUUGAUAGCCAUGCCUAGCCCUGCUUCAGCAAAGCAGCCAGCAGCAGUGAAAACCAAGGCUAAACUGGCUCCCAAGGACACCACAGUCUCAGGAAAAACGGAAGCUUCUGGAUCGAAUAUGGUUACAAAGCAGGUCCACCAACAAUCCUUUGAAAGCACAGGGCAGCAGAAGGUAGCAGUUGGCUCGAGCCCCAGCCAUAGGAGGAUGCUUUGCUUUGAUGGGUCUGCUGGUGAAACUUCCACUCAGACCAGAAAAACUGCCUCCUCCUCCUCCAAAGCUCCAGCAACAGCUACUCCUGUAUCACCUUCUGUCCAACAGGUGGAGAAAGAGAUACCUAAAUCGGCCUUUGCUAUCUUGGGGAGCAGCAGGCCAAAAAGGAGAAUAGAGACUGUAAGAUGUACGGACAACACUCAAACAUCAUGGACCGGAACAGAGACCGAGAAAUCCUCCACUGUCCAAAAGCAGAAAGAAGCUGCGAAAAAGACCCCUUCAAAGAGGGACGCAGAUCAAAAUGCUAGAGGUCAAAGUGCAAGUACCAGUAGAUCUCAGAGUGCUGGUAACAGUAGGACUGAUGCCUCACAGUCAGAGUCCAGGAAGAGAUCUCAAUCAGCAGACAAGAAGGAUGAUGGUGGAACAGGACCUAAGGAUGCCCAGAGCUUCAGGUCCUCUUCCUCUGAUCACAGACUGAGAUCAGGGAGCAGGAAAGAGAAAGAGAAGGAGGACGCAUGUAGACAAGAGCCUACUGAGAAAUCUCCUGCCAAGGAGCGGGAGGGAUGGACUGAGAAAAGGACAUCUUUUCAGGACCCCCCUCGUGUCACUGCCAAUAAGGAGAAUGAGCUGGAGGGGGGAAGGCGAGAGCAGCAGCCCCCACCAGCACCAAGAGCAUUCAGCCCAGCCACAGUGGGCUCACAAACCCCUGUCCCCCAGGCUAGCUCCAGCAAAACCCCCUGCAAGACCAGCCCACUGACCAAGCAGGCGGCCGAAAUGCUCCACGACAUCCAGGGUUUAAACCCUCCCGCUGCCUCUCCUAAGAGGCCAGGCAUGGGCUGUCCAGAGCUGCCUCUUCCUCUGACCCCUGGCCGUCUCCAGGAGUCUCUAGACUGCCCCAGGAUCCCUGCACGUCAGAGGCUGCGCAGAGACGGAACCCCCAGGCACCUGGUCCCUCCCGCCACCCCGGACCUUCCCUCCUGCAGCCCAGCCAGCGAGGCAGGGAGUGAAAACAGCAUCAACAUGGCGGCCCACACACUGAUUAUCCUAUCCCGAGCUGCCAUCGCCAGGUCGGGCACCCCACUGAAAGACAGCUUGCGCCAGGAGGGGGCUGGAGCAGUGACCCCUGUAGCCUUCAAGAGCAAGAAGCGCAAGCAGCCUGAGCCCCUGGCCAGCCCGCCAGCAAAGAAAGAUUUAUCAGGUUCAUCUGGCAGUAAGAAGAAAGCAAAGAAUCAGCAGAAACUAAUGGAUUCCUUCCCUGAUGACUUGGAUGUGGAUAAGUUCCUGUCUUCACUGCAUUAUGAUGAGUGAUGGGUUGAGUUAUAGCAGUUGGACAAUGAGAUGGGAAUCUCCCAAACACUAUCUACCUACUCUCCAGGAAUAGAACAAGCCAUCAUUUACUGUCAGAGUGACUAUGGUUAACCCAUCAUGCCUUUUAGGAGUUAGGCACCUGUGGACUAGUGGAGCAUGACCUCAGAUCUUAUUUUUUAUAUGUACUGUCUAUGCUUGUAGGGCGUGUCCUACAUCUUAACAACUAAUUAUACAUGUGAUGUAUGUACUGUACAGAAAUGAUUGCAGAAAUGCUAGAUUGAGAACUCUUUGGUUCCAUGCAAGGACUGUAAUGUUAAGAAUGGUUUCCCAAUCUUGUUGUAUUAAUAAUUUCAAGAAUUCAA